AUAAGUCACUAACUCAGCCAUUCACAACCGACAAUGGCAAAACCUUGUUUGGCUUAUUUCUCUGUCGCUUUUCUUCUUCUAGUUGUAUUCACUUUGUCGUCGGCACAAACCCCAGAUUCCUCAAUCUACGACUCUUUCCUUAGCUGCCUCACACAACGCACGAACUCCUCAACCCAACUCUCCAACAUAGUCUUCGCCCAAACCAACCCUUCCUUCCCCACCGUCCUCCAAAACUACAUCCGAAACGCGCGUUUCAACACUUCCCAAACGCGAAAGCCGUUACUCAUCGUCACUCCCCUCCGAGAGUCGCAUGUGCAGGGCGCUGUAAUAUGCGCCAAAAGCGUCAAAGUUCAACUCAAAAUCAGGAGUGGAGGUCAUGAUUACGAGGGUAUAUCCUACAUCUCGGAUGAGCCCUUUAUCAUCCUCGACUUGUUCAACCUUCGCGCAAUCACGGUGGACAUAAAAAACGAGGUUGCAGUGGUCCAGGCUGGUGCCACGCUGGGAGAGGUUUACUAUAGGAUCUGGGAGAAGAGUAAAGUUCAUGGCUUUCCUGCUGGGGUGUGUCCCACUGUCGGUGUCGGUGGGCAUUUCAGUGGAGGAGGGUAUGGUAACAUGAUGAGAAAAUAUGGCUUAUCUGUCGAUAAUGUGAUUGACGCUGAAAUUGUCGAUGUGGAAGGAAAUGUUCUUGAUAGAAAAUCCAUGGGGGAGGAUCUCUUCUGGGCUAUUAGAGGAGGUGGGGGAGGGAGUUUCGGUGUCAUAUUAUCGUUUACUAUAAAGCUAGUUCCGGUGCCUGAAACGGUUACCGUCUUCCGUGUUGAGAAGACUUUGGAAACGAAUGUGACUGCAACUGACCUCGUGGUGCAGUGGCAGCAGGUGGCGCCAAAUACUGACGACAGGCUUUUCCUGAGGCUCUUAUUGCAGCCAGUGAGUUCCAAGGUUGUGAAGGGGACCAAAACCGUAAGAGCCUCGGUUGUGGCCUUGUUUCUGGGAGGGGCUGAUGAGGUUGUGUCGAUUUUGGAGAAGGAGUUUCCACUUCUUGGAUUGAAGAAGGAGAAUUGUACCGAGGUGAGUUGGAUUGAUUCUGUUCUGUGGUGGAACGAUGAUGAGAGUUUGAAAAACGGUGACAAACCCGAGACCCUACUGGAUCGGAAUCUGAACUCUGCUGGUUUUCUGAAAAGAAAAUCCGAUUAUGUUGUGAAAGCCAUUUCAAGAGACGGGUUGGAAUGGAUAUUCAAGAGGAUGAUCGAGUUGGGAAAAACGGGGUUUGUUUUCAACCCUUACGGAGGGAAAAUGGGAGAGAUUGCUUCUGAUGCGACACCGUUUCCUCACCGGAAGGGGAACCUCUUCAAGAUUCAGUAUUCUGUGAACUGGGACGAUCCUUCAACUGGUGCGGCUCAGAAUUUCACGAAUCAGGCUAAGAGGCUUUACAGUUACAUGACCCCUUUUGUGUCUAGCAAUCCCAGAAGAGCUUUUUUGAAUUAUAGAGACCUUGAUAUCGGAGUGAACAACUUCGGUGAGAAUAGCUUUCAAGAAGGACAGGUUUAUGGGAGCAAGUACUUCAAUCAGAAUUUGAAGAGGCUCGUGAACAUUAAGACCAAAGUGGAUCCUGAAAACUUUUUCAGGAAUGAACAGAGUGUUCCUGUACUUAUGAGCAGAGCAUAGGGAAUCAUACACUGAAGAAUAUCUGUAAGAUUUUAGUUUUAACUUUUGUUCCUGUAGUUCUAUUCCAAUGGUUGCCAUACAUUGCCCAUUAUUGAUUCUAUUAUACAUCAUUGAAUUUCAGAGCUUUCAUUUACGA